CUUUAAAUUCCCCGCCAAGGCAGAGCACCGGAAGCAGAGAUACCAGCGAUGGCGUUCCUGACGGUGGCCUUCCCCUCCCAGCUCUCAUUCGCCAGGGCCAUGGGAAAUAUCACCGGCGUUCGCAAGGUCUCCACGACCUCCUCCGUCCACUUCGCCGCUUCCGCCGCUACACAUGCUGAAGCUCCUGAAAAGCACAACAUUCCUCUGCCGCCUCGCCACAAGCACCCGGAAGUGACGCACACGCUGCCGCCGCAAAAGCUCGAGAUCUUCAAAACCCUAGAAAAAUGGGCGGAAUCCAACCUCCUGCCUCGCCUCAAGCCCGUCGAGGAGUGCUGGCAGCCGACGGACCUGCUCCCCGACCCUGCCUCCGAGAGCUUCCACGAGGAGGUUGGGGAGCUCCGCCGCCGCUCCCGGGAGCUCCCGGACGACUACCUCGUCUGCCUCGUCGGCGACAUGGUCACGGAGGAGGCGCUGCCGACGUACCAGACCUUCCUCAACAACCUCGACGGCAUACGCGACGAGACGGGCGCGAGCCUCACGCCGUGGGCCGUCUGGACCAGGGCCUGGACGGCGGAGGAGAACCGCCACGGCGAUCUGCUCAACAGGUACCUCUACCUCACCGGUCGCGUCGACAUGAAGAAGAUUGAGAAGACGAUUCAGUACCUGAUGCGCGCAGGAAUGGAUUUCCGGACGGAGAACAACCCGUACAGCGGCUUCAUCUACACGUCGUUCCAGGAGCGGGCGACGUCGAUCUCCCACGGCAACACCGCGCGGAUGGCCAAGGCCCACGGCGACGCGGAGCUGGCGCGCAUCUGCGGCACCAUCGCGGCGGAGGAGAAGCGGCACGAGGCGGCGUACGCCAUGAUCGUAGAGAAGCUCUUCGAGGUGGACCCCGACGGAACCGUCCUCGCCUUCGCCGACCGAAUGAAAAAGAAAGUCUCGAUGCCGGCGUGCCUCAUGUUCGACGGCCGCGACGGCGACCUCUUCUCCCACUUCUCCGCCGUCGCGCAGCGCGUGGGCGUCUACACCGCCAAGGACUACGCCGACAUUCUCGAGUUCCUCAUUCGCCGGUGGAAGGUCGAGGAGCUGCAGGGGCUGUCGCCGGAGGGAAGGGCAGCGCAGGAGUUCCUGUGCGGCCUGGCUCCGAAGAUCAGGAGGGUCGACGAGAGGGUGCAGGCCAAGGCCAAGGACACGGCGGCGCACACCAUGGCCUUUAGCUGGAUCUUUGACAGGGAAGUCCAGCUCUAAUCCUUCUUUUAAAUCACCAUUAUCGAUCGUAUUAAGACUAAAACACAUCGUAAAACAAACAAAAAAAAAAACGAACAGAUGUUCGUGUAUUCUCCUUUGACCGCAGAACGUGUAAUUCGGAUUCUCUAUAGAUCCUAGUCGAUUCCGUGCAACAUCUAUAACAUAAAGUUCGUUCUUUCUCUUUGAGAAAAUGGACUCCUUUUGUUGUUUUCGUAGAUUUUCUCAUCUGCUGGGGAUGGAGUUGGUCUGCUGUUGGUGCAAGUCCCAAUUCAAAGAGAUUAUGAACCUGUUCAAUUGAA